CAGCUGUUUCCAUAGAGACGCGGAUGGCGGCUGUCCGAAAAUGCUGCGUGGUUGAAGGAAAGGCGUUAAAGGAGCGCUAGGGAUGUCUGCCGAGGAUGAAGAGCAGUUGCAGGCUCUGCUCAAGCAACUCCUUAGGAGCGUCAGCGAACGACUCUCUAACGCUCCUUCACCUCAAAGCGCUGAGGAAAUCCUUCUUCACCUGGAGGAGACAGAUAGGAACUUCCACAACUAUGAGUUUGUCAAGUACCUGCGUCACUAUGUGGAGAAUUCCCUGGGCAGCGUGGUAGACGAGGAGAUCAGGAAGUUGACCAGUGGGGAUGGACAACCCGUCAACUCAGGACAUGACACGCUGAUCCACUCAGUGAUCAGUGGGAGCAGAGCGUCAGAAGAGUACCAGAAGAUGAUGCAAACUUUGAAAGCCACCAUGAUGACGGUGGCAGAGUCUUUAAUCAGCAGAUUUGAAGAGGACCAGCUGAAGAAGGAGGAGAUGCAGCACAGCCUCUAUGCUGAUGAGUGCUCGGACAGUGAUUCCUCCUUCAACCUGAGUUACGCAUUUAUUCGACAAGAACAGCUGCAGGCUUUGGCUGAAAAACUGGAUGCAAGUCAACCCAAGGAAGUGCGCAAGAAGGCUCUGCAGGCGCUCUGUUGCGCUCCGCCGUCUGACGUUCUGUGCUGUGAGAGCUGGACCCACCUCCGCCAGAACCUGUGUGCAAUGCUGAUCGAGCCCAAUACCGAUCUCAGUGAUAACGUUCUUCAGUUCUUCGCUAAAAGCUUCUCCUCCUCGCCUCUGAAUGUUACCCGGGAAAUCUACACCACCUUGGCUAAAAGUGUGGAGUCCAUCUUUCUGUCCCUUAAAUUGAGCUUGACAAGCUUCUCUACUGGCUUGGACAUCAACAGACCUGAGAUCAGUUCACUCCUCAAACAGAUGCGGUUGAUGAACGACUUUCAAAAGGAGGUGACCGCCUUCUGGAUCCGCCAUCCGGAGAAGUACAUGGAGGAAAUCAUCGAGAGCACCUUCUCUCUCUUGUGUCUCCAUUGGGAAUCUCGCUCACAUGUUCAAGAGAAAGUAUUGCACCCCAUUUACUUCCUGGCCCUCCUGGAUGUUGAAGCUGCUUGGUUCAUAAAGUGGAUGCAUGGAUCUUACAGCAGGACUGUGGUUCUCAGACUUCUGCGGGGCAAAUACAAGAGUUUGAUAGAGGCAGCUGUGCAGCAGUCCAUCCUUUUCCUGGAAACCUGCCAGGAUUCUACUCAUCUCCAGUCUGAGGCGCAACACAGCACAGGCCAGAGGAGCAUCUACACUGCAAAGGAGCUCCAAUACGCCCUGCUUGUCCAUUCACUGAGCAUCCUGGGGAAACUCCUCCUCUACACUAACGGGAGGAAGCUCUUUCCCAUCACAGUGCGGACACGCAAAGAUCCGGUCAGCCUGACAGAUGUGGUUGUCGUCCUCAUAACCAUCAUGUACCAAUACCCCGAGCCUCUUUACAGUGAUAUCUUAUUCACAGACUCGCUAUCGCCCAGUAGCCUGGUGAUGUCGACAUUGUGGAUGAUGUCAGAGAGGACGAAGUGCGCCGAUGAGUGUCUCCAUCAGACGACCGUCAUCGAGACGCUGCUGGCGCCUGUCAUCGCUCUGCUCAGGGACAAGCAGGCCAGUUUAAAAAGUCCCAGGUCCACACUGCCUCUCAUUGCUGACGUCCUGGCUCGUAUGGUAAACACAGACAGAGGAUUAGCGCUCUUCCUAUAUGAGAGAAACCUGCUUGUUGCCCAAGGCGAGAGAACCUCUGCUGCUCACGUGGUUGUUCAGUUCACCCUGAAGUUGCUGGAUGAGGAGUUUUCAUUGCUGGGGCAAGCUGACACGCCGCGUGUACUUUGUGGGGCCUUCAUAUUUGUGUGCAGGCAGAUGUACAACACCUGUGAGGGCCUGCAGGUCCUGCGACCCUACGGCUUGCACAAGGCUGCAUCUGCUGCUUGGAGAAAGACUAGCUUCCUGUCAGAAAGAGUUCUGACCCCGGGGAAUGGAAACAACCCUGGAAUGUCGUCCACCCAGGAAAUGCCACACAUGCUCAUGUGGGAGGAGACGUUGUUGGACAGCCUGUUGAACUUUGCUGCCACCCCUAAAGGUCAGCUGCUGCUUCAGCAGACUGGAGCCAUGCAGGAGUGUGUCUCCCACAUGUUCUCUCGUUUUAGCAAAAAGAUGCAGGUCAGCCGCUGUGAGAAGUUUGGCUAUGGUGUCAUGGUUACGCAGGUGGCAGCAACUGGGGCAGGCAUGACGGCUCUGCACCGUUCAGGGUUUGUGCGAGUCCUGGUGCUGGAGCUCUGGUCUGCUCUGGAGUGUGGCAGCGAAGACGGAAGAGUAGUCCGCCCCAAGUCCACGCCCCUGGAUCCAAUCGACAGGAGCUGCCUUAAGUCCUUCUUGUCCCUGGUCAACGUGCUCUCCUCCUACCAGUCAGUGUGGCAGCUUCUGGCUGGACAGCCUUUAGCCAACAAGACUGAAUACACAUUGAGAGAGGUGCCCAGCUCUGUACCUGAUGUGAUUGACAGGCUGAUAUCCGUGAAUUCUGCCGCCAAGAUCCAUUCCCUCUUCCACUAUGAGCAGUCGCACACAUUUGGCCUAAGGCUGCUCAGCGUGCUGUGCUCUAGUCUGGACUCCUUCCUGCUGCUGGAGAGCCAGUACAACAUUUGCUCCAUGCUGCUUCAAAGCCAGCGAGAGAACGUGGCUGACCAGGAGGCCAGUGACGGGAGCUGCAUCAUAGACAAUCUAUCGGUGGAGAGGAACCACGUGCUGGUUCGUGUCGCUCUAGUCGGAGGCCCGUGUGAGAGGAGACUUCCUCCUCGAGCCCUGCAGGAGGGAGAUGAUCCUUAUCCAUGGCCAAUGUUCUCAUCCUAUCCUCCACCAUCCUGUUACAUCCUUCACCCACCAAACCCCCAACACUAUCCACUGGAACCUGAAAUGAGUGCCUUCUUGACUUCACCUCAAACCACACGGACAGAGGAGAACUGGAUAGAGAUGUGCCGCCGACUUUAUCGCAGAGUUAUGACCAGCGGGCACAACGCCCUGAGCGGUACAGUGCUGGCUGACCUUGUGGAGAAGGCUGUGGUCCAUCUGUCCAAAUCUUCUGCAGAGUGCGUCUUUCCUCCGCCUCAGCACAAAGAGCAAGAGAAGAGUGUGGAAGACGUUGUCCUAUCUCCUGUGGAAAAUCUCGGAAUGAACAUCUGUCUGAGGUAUGGCCAUUUCCUCCAGCUCCUUCAAGAAGAUGCUGCGGGCAGCCUGACGCUCCUCAUGAAGCACGUGAAGAUCUUCUUGUCCCGGCAGAGAGUUCAAACGUCUUCGGAGCUCCUCGUUCGGCUUGAAGACUAUCCAGGCCACGACUGGCUGGCAUCAACCGUGUUCCUGAUAAUGGCAGGAAACUGGCGGCGGUGUUUGAGUGUACUUGUCAAGCUGUCGUCUCUGCUCAGCUCUGCCCUCAUCUGGCCGGCCAGGACACAUGCCUCUGUUGUCGUUACUGUGCAAGUGGCCGAGUCGGGGAUCCCACCUGUCUACUGGAGCACGGCUCACUAUGUGGAGAUGCUCCUGAAGGCCGAACUUCCAUUGGUCCACUCUGCCUUCAGGAUGUCUGGUUUCACUCCAUCCCAGAUGUGCCUUCACUGGCUGGCUCAAUGCUUCUGGAACUUUCUGGACUGGCCUGAAAUCUGCCACUAUGUGUGCACCUGUGUGCUUCUGGGCCCUGACUACCAGGUCUACACCUGUCUGGCCCUCUUCAAACACCUGCAGCCCGACCUCCUGGAGCGCACGCAGUCUAGUGAGCUGCAGGUCUUCCUCAAGGAAGAGCCAAUUAAGGGCUUCAAGUUCUGUGACUAUCUGGAGUUCAUGGAAGUUCUGGAGAGACGCUACAGGAACAUCGUUCUCACGGACAUGAAAACUAUUGGACACCCCACAGAGUGACAGUGGAGAGGAGAAUGCUAAUGUUACCAUAUCUCUUUAGGCUUUAGGCUGGAAAUUGCAAUUGGCUGGAAAAAAUUAAAGACUUUAUCAAUCAAGAUCAGGAGUAGGAUUUAGACCCUGUCUACAUUAACUCCUUAAACAAUUAAUUAUUUAGCCUAAGCCCCGUGUCAGCCACACUAACCCAUCGUUUAAGGUUCCCCUCCUUGGAUAAUUUUUUACACGGGUAAGUGCUCCGUGUACUUCUUGAAUCUCCGGCUCUUAACUUUGUGUGGACUCAUCAAUCGUAUACAAACUGAGUUCGGAGAGGAAGUGACGCCAGAAAGACCGUGCCCCACACAGGAAGUGACGUCAGAAAGAACGCGCCACAGCCAGCUUCAUAACAACCGGUUUCGUAACUUGGAGGUAACCACUGGAAUGAUGGAGGCGAGUCAUCAGACAUGCCCGUGUUUCUCCUUCUACAUGUACAGACACUUGUGGAAAUCACACAUGAAUACCUCAAGAGAAGGAAACGGGCGAUUGCAGCUAUUUCGGAUACAACACUUCUCAGACGCCAACAUAGCAAUGUUGAGUGACGGUUUUAGAUAAGGCCUGGAAGAACGAUAUCUAGAUCCCUACAUUUAUUGUUGUAAACUGUUCUUUAUCACAUUGUAUACAUUCACACGUCCAUUAAAGAUAUGAUUUAUGUAUGAUGGAUCAGGUGUGAUUCACUACAAUAGGGCCAGUCUAACAGCUGCUGAUGGUGAGGCAAGCAAGGUUUACUGUUAAAAUAAAUGUGGCAAUAGGCUACAUUGAAACACAGGGUAAGGAUACACGUCCAAGUCAGAGGUGACUAUGACAUAAUAUAUAUGCGCGUCUGCAAUUUUUCCGCGCAUGCGUACUAGGUCGCAUUGCGCCGGCGGACAGAGAAGGGAGGGGGUCUUAAACGAUGGCAUUGUGUGUGUGUGGACAGGGAUAAAGUUAGGUGGAAUAUAGCCUGUGUAGAAGCAGCCUUAAGUUGAUCAUAUCUGCUGGGUGCAAGACCGUCCAAAACAGACACCCCACGGAGCGAGAUCUUUGUCUUUUUGCCCAAAUGGAGAAUUCCACAGACUUGAUUGAAAUGCGCAUGAGGGAAAAAUGUCAGUGUUUUUUUUUUGUCAAUUCGUAUAUUUUUAGUUUAGUUUUUAUUUAAGGUUUUGGACCAAUUUGGAUCUUUGUUGGAUCUUGAACCGGUCAGCCUCAAUUCCCCAAUCAAGAAUAGAUGGAAAUAGAAAGAGCUCUGAAAUGAUUCUACGUUCAAAGAUUUUUGUAUUCCUCCCAACCACAGAUCUUGACCAAAAUGCCAGAUGUGUUGCUGGUACUACUGUUUUGAACACAGUCUGGCGGGGGAGACAAACUCCUCUAAAAAGAUGAGUUACGACUGCUAGCUGUCACUAGCAAUACAAGCUAACCAUUUCUAACCUCCGAGCUUCAAAGCUGUCAAACCCAAACAACAUGGGAAGACAAAACGUUUCUACUGUAACAAAUGCAGAGGAGGUGGAAGAGAGUUGAGAAUCAGGUAGUCACCAAGAUGUAAUAAUGAUGUUACAUAACAGUGACGUGCUGUCAGUGGAGGCAAGUGAGGUAGUGCCUCACCUUGCCACCAGGUGGCUUAACCAUGAGAUGUUCAAAAACAAAGUAAUAAAAUCAAAUAAGUUUUUAUAUUUC